GGACUUAGUGCUAUGGAUAUGGAAGGAUUCCCUCUCCCACCACCCCCUGAAGUUUUAGAAAACGAAUUAGCAGCAAAUGCUACCAAUGAAGAAGAGGAGGAAGGAGAACAGUUUGAUUUUGAUAGUGGAGAUGAAAUACCAGAAGCUGACAGACAAACCGUUUUGCCGCCUGUUUCUAGUUCUAGCAAUAAUGUGGAUCAUGAACAGAUGAAUUCUGCAGGGACUGCAGAAAAUGUAGCUGGAACUGAGAUAAUGCAGAGAGCUGAAGCCAAUUCAGAACGGGCUCUACCAAGGGUAAACCCCUACUCUGUCAUAACCAUCUCACCAGUGCAAGAAAAGGAGCCAUCAUUGUCACCAGAGCCAAGUCCACAAGAUGGAAGUAUAAGCCCUAGUCUGUCAGGAGGAUAUUCUGUCCCCGUACCCUGUGGCUAUGCUGUACCAUCAAAUAUACCACUGAUUUUGCCAGCAUACUCAAGUCCUGUCAUAAUACGCAGCAUAUCUGUGGAUGAAGAAGCAAAUGUUCAGACAGUAGCCGAAGACUGUCAUUCAAAUUCCCAGAGCUCUGAGGAUCCACAGAACAGUGAAGAUAAUCAGGGGAAUAAAGAUGACAGUGCUUUAGUCAAAUGGGCUACCAGUCCUGCCAGCGCCGAGUGGAUGGAGAAUGCAGAUGAAGUAAUAUAUGAUGAUGUACCAAGAGAAAAUUCAGACUCUGAACCAGAGGAGAUGAUUUACGAUGAUGUUGAGAAUGGCGACGAAGGUGGAAAUAGUUCUCUAGACUAUGGGUGGAGUUCGAGCGAGUUUGAAAGCUACGAAGAACAAAGUGACUCAGAGUGUAAAAAUGGAAUGCCCAGUUCCUUUCUGCGUGGCAACCACAGAAGACAACUUUCUCAUGACCUAACCCGUUUAAAGGAGCACUAUGAAAAAAAGAUGAGAGAUUUGAUGGCAAACACGGUGGGAGCAGUAGAGAUUCAGCAACUAAGGCAAAAACAUGAGCUGAAGAUGCAAAAGCUCAUGAGGGCUGCUAGAGAAGGCACCAAAGAUGGCCUUGAAAAAACUAAAGCUGCUGUGAAGAAAGGUCGAUCGUUCAUUAAAACAAAGUCAUUCAUUGGUCAAGACCACAGAUCAUCUUCUCUGGAAGAAGAAGAGCUAUUUAUUGAUGUAGACUGCAUGCACACAGAGGCGAUCAUGACUCCAAUGCCUGACGGUUUAUCACAACAACAGGUUGUGAGAAGAUAUAUUUUAGGCGCUGUCGUUGACAGUGAGAAGAAUUACGUGGAUGCUCUCAAAAGGAUUCUAGAGCAAUAUGAGAAGCCACUUUCAGAGUUGGAACCCAAACUACUGAGUGAAAGAAAACUAAAGAUGGUCUUCUAUCGAAUUAAAGAAAUUCUUCAGUGUCAUUCAAUGUUCCAGAUUGCUCUGGCCAGUCGUGUUUCUGAGUGGGAUUCUGUUGAAAUGAUUGGAGAUGUUUUUGUUGCAUCAUUUUCUAAAUCUAUGGUACUAGAUGCGUAUAGUGAAUAUGUGAACAAUUUUAGCACUGCAGUGGGGAUUCUUAAGAAAACAUGUGCCACAAAGCCUGCCUUCCUAGAGUUUUUAAAGCUAUGCCAAGAAUCUAGUCCUGAUAGAAUUACACUCUAUGGCUUAAUGAUGAAACCCAUACAACGUUUUCCUCAAUUCAUCCUCCUGCUACAGGACAUGUUAAAGAACACUACGAAAGGCCACCCUGACAGGCUGCCUCUGCAGAUGGCUCUCACGGAGCUUGAGAUGCUGGCAGAGAAACUGAAUGAGAGGAAAAAGGAUGCAGAUCAGCGCUGUGAAAUAAAACAGAUAGCAAAGGCCAUGAAUGAGCGAUAUCUAAACAAGUUACUUAGCAGUGGCAACAGAUACCUCAUACGAACUGAUGAUAUGCUGGAAACUGUUUACAAUGACCGAGGGGAAAUAGUCAAGACCAAAGAACGGCGGCUGUUCAUGUUAAACGACGUAUUAAUGUGUGCUACCGUGCAUGUCCGUUCUUCUCAUGAAAGCAGCAGCAUUGUGACUAGCCAAAGGUAUUUACUAAAAUGGAGCGUGCCCCUUGGACAUGUGGAAGUCAUAGAGUAUGGGAGUAAUGAUGGUCAAGGCGAGAAUUGUAGAUUCCCUCCACAACAUUCCUCCGAGACUAUUGUUGUUAAUCCUAAACCAAAUAAGCUUUAUAUGGGACCAGGGCAACUAUACCAUGAUUUGCAGAAUCUCUUACAUGAUUUGAAUGUAGUUGGCCAAAUUAGUCAAUUGAUAGGCAGCCUAAAAGGACACUACCAGAAUUUAAAUCAGUCCGUGGCACACGAUUGGAGUUCAGGUUUACAAAAACUUAUAUUGAAAAAAGAAGAUGAAAUCCGAGCUGCAGACCGCUGUAGGAUUCAACUUCAGCUUCCAGGGAAACAGGACAAAUCUGGACGACCUACUUUCUUUACAGCAGUGUUCAAUACUUUCACCCCUGCAAUCAAACAGUCUUGGAUCAACAAUUUACAAAUGGCUAAGCUUGCUUUAGUUGAAGAGAAUAUGUUGGGUUGGUUCUGCAUAGAAGAUGAUGGGAAUCAGAUAAAAAAAGAGAAGCAUCCACUCCUUGUUAAACAUAUGCCUGUGAUGAUGGCCAAACAACAGGAGUUCAAGGUUGAAUGUGCUGCUUAUAAUCCUGAACCUUACUCAUGUGAAGAAAGUAAUCCAGAUUCUCUUUCUAUAGAACAUGGCUUUCUAUGGAUUGGCAGUUGUACUAAUCAAAUGGGCCAAAUUGCCAUUGUGUCAUUUCAAAACUCCAGCCCAAAAGUUAUUGAAUGCUUCAAUGUAGAAUCGCGAAUUCUUUGCAUGGUCUACAUUCCAGAAGUGGAGAAAUGCAAAGGCUUGGAAGUGCCUUCUGAUCUGGAAGACGUGCCUACAAAACCUUCCAAUGUGCCAACUAUUUGCCUGGGCACAGAAGAAGGAAGCAUCUCCGUCUACAAAAGUCGUCAAGGCUCAAAGAAAGUCCGUCUUCAGCACUUCUUCACUCCUGAAAAGACCACUGUCAUGAGUCUGGCAUACAAAUCCUGCUUUUUGUUUGCUGGUCUUGUCAAUGGCAACAUUGUCAUCUACACCAAAUCGGAAGAUGGCUCCUGGAACUCAGAACCUCAGAAAGUAGUGAAGUUGGGUGUUUUGCCAGUGAGAAGUCUUCUUGUCAUGGAAGAAACCAUUUGGGCUGCUUCUGGUGGACAGAUUUUUAUAAUUAGUACCGAGACGCAUGCUGUAGAGUGCCACUUUGAAGCUCAUCAAGAAGAAGGGAUGGUGAUUUCCCAUAUGGCUGUGGCAGGAGUUGGAAUCUGGAUCGCCUUCACAUCAGGAUCCACCCUUCGCCUUUUCCACACCGAAACCCUUAAGCACCUCCAAGAUGUGAAUGUUGCUACUCUUGUUCACAAUAUGUUACCAGGACAACAUCGUGUUUCUGUAACCAGCUUGUUAGCAUGCCAUGGCCUUUUACUGGUUGGGACAAAUCUAGGGAUUAUAGUAGCACUCCCAGUUCCUCGUUUGCAGGGAAUCCCAAAAGUAACUGGGAGGGGAAUGGUCUCUUACCACGCACAUAAUGGCCCAGUUAAAUUCCUCAUGAUGGCCUCUGUGACAAACAAGCGAAGCAAAAGCAAAUCAAGGCAUAGUAUGAGUCGACCUCACUCAACAUCGAAAGACGAUGACCAAAAGAACGUUGUUCACAGUGAGCAGCCCGGUCCCUCCCUCAGCAACGCAGAUGAAAAUGCAGUUUGGCUAGGAGAUUCAGUAGUCUCUAUUGCUCAAAAAAGUGACAUGUCUUCCUCUUCAGGGUCUCUAACGUUAUCUCAUGGAUCCUCCACCACCGAACACAGGCCCGAGGAGAGUGCUGUCUAUGAGCUUUUGAAAGAUGUCGCUCUUAAUCAAAGUAAAAAACGUAGAUCCAAAGAAGGGAAAGCAAUCUCUGUGUUAGUCAUCUCUGGAGGCCAAGGGCAUAGAAGAGUGAACAGAAAGUGUAAGCCACAGCGACCGGACGAAUUGGUUUCAUCUGUGAUGAUUUGGCAGAUUCCACUCUUAAAUAUCUAAAAUCAUGACACGGUU